AAAGAUCUGUCCGAUUUUCUUUCCUUCUGCACUCUGCGGUUUUAUGUAUAAUUCGCUGUAUCGGCGAGUGGUUGCUGUAAACGAAUCAGUAUCUACGAGAAGUCUUCAAACAAUUCGGGACUAUCCGGAGGAAUUCGCCGAGUUCCACCUAAAGUGCAUUAUGGCUGGAGAGCUUAACAUGCAACCGGCAGUUUUUCAUCAUAGCCCUUCAGGAAGAGUAACACGUUUUUCUCUGUUGAUUUGCAGGAACUUUAUCAAUAAAGAUGGAUGUCACUGAACCGUCGACGUCAGAAGAAGUCGGUUGGGAGUCAGGAUUAUCCAUUGCUGAUCAAGUGAAAGCAGCUGCUGAAGAAGCUGUCAAUCAAUCAGGGUUUGUUUACAAUGAAGAGACUGGCCUCUACUAUGACAAUACUACACAGCUAUAUUACAACUCUGAGACCGGAUUAUACUAUAAUGGUUUUACGGGAACUUGGUAUCGCUAUGAUGAAACCAUAUGUGAAUAUGUGGUGCAUCAUCAAGUAGAAGGAUUCACCUUUGAAAAUGCUGUUGCUGAACAUGUUCUCAACUCAAUUGACAACUACACAACUGAGUUAUCCAAAAAAGUUGAAGCUGAAAUCAAGUCAAGUAAACAAGAGGGUGAACUUUCUGAAGAAGAAGUUGAUGAAGUAGACCUGAAACACAACAAGACCAAAGGUGAAGCACACAAGCUUGCCGAACGUCUACCUCCUUGUGCUCGGUUUUUGGUUGUGAGUUCUUCAAUUGAUAGAGUAAAGAUUGGUUCUUUAUUUGUUGUACCUUAUACUGGUGGAACCAUUGGAAGAUUGCCAGAAUGUGAGGUCUUUUUAGAUGAUGUAAAUGUUAGUAAGAAGCAUGCCAAAUUUGGAUACAACCAGGAUGAAAAAUCUUUUACCAUUAUUGAUUUGGGCAGUCGGAAUGGUACUUUCAUUCACAUGGAACGACUUUCUGGAUCUAAGGAAACGAGCGAAGAAUACAUUUUGGCCCAUGACUCCCAGAUACAAGUUGGAAGUAUCACACUUUUAUGUCACAUCCAUGCUGGCUUGGAAACAUGUGACGGCUGUGAACCAGGUUUGGUUAUCAAAGAGCAAGAAAACAAAGAUAUGGGCUGUUCAAUUUCAGCCAAUAAAGAAGAUUUGGAAAAAGCUCGAAAAAGGGAGCUCAAGAAGAUACGUCAAAAAUUUGGACUUAAGCUGCAUGAUUCUGAUGAUCCCGUGUCACUGAAGCCUGGUUACCAAGAUCGAGCAGAGGUGCGACGCCAGACGGUGGGUAUUGAUCCCGUCGGUGCAAAGACAGAGCAGGCCUCCACUUUGGUACCGAUCGCCAAAAAGAACAAAGGUUUCCAAAUGCUGGCUAAAAUGGGUUGGAAUGAAGGUCAGGCUCUGGGUAAAACCGAAUCAGCUGAUGCCAUCAUCGAACCAAUAUCAGUAGACAUGAGAGCCGGUAGAGAAGGCUUGGGAGCCGAUGCAAUUCCUUCAAUCAGCUCUUUUCAUUCGGAUGCGUCAAGAAAACGACGAGCUGAUGUGUUAGAAAAAACAAGACACCGAUACUCACAAGCGCAAUAAGGAGCGUGCUAUUUUCCUUCUCUUCCAUCGUAAUCAUUCACCUAUCGUUUGCUGGAUGGGUAAUACAAGGCGUUUAUUGUA